AUGGGUGACCACCGUUUUUCCCGGAGGGAUUGCGUCAUGAAGAAGCAGAGCGUUGUGGAAGGAAAGAAGAGGGAGAGAGGGAAGGAGGAUCCAGAAAUCAAUGCCAUGUUCGAUGCUGUCAAGAGGAGGAGGAAGGUCGAGAAAAGUUCUGAAGAAAUCAGCUUGUUUGUCGAGAAAGUACUGGCUGAGCUCACGAUCGUUGCUGAAGACGAUGCACAGCUCAACAGAGAAGGCCCACCUGCCAUCAACAAGCUCAAGAAGUUGCCAUUUCUUACCGAGGUUUUGUCCAAGAAAAGCUUUCAGCUUCAGUUCUUGGAUCAUGGGGUCCUUACUGUCUUGAAGAACUGGCAAGAGCCCCUUCCUGACGGCAGCCUGCCGAAUGCCAAUAUCCGUGGAGCAGUUCUGAACAUCCUGGCAGAUUUUCCGAUCGAUUUAGAGCAAGAUUACCGACGAGAGCAGUUCAAGAGGAGCAGUCUUGGAAGGGCGAUUAUGUUCCUAUCGAAAUAUGAGGAGGAAACAGUUUCCAACAGAAGGAUCGCUAAGGAUUUGAUCCACAGAUGGAGCCGAAGCAUCUUCAACAAGAGUACAAGGUUCUCUGACCUGAGAAAUGAUGAUGAUGAUAUUCAUGUUCCCGUGAUGCAAAAGCCUGUGAGCAAACCUGCAAUGGCGGAAUUAAAGGCUUGUGAUUUGGACGUCAGUGUUGCCAAGGAGCAUAAGCUAAGUUCCCGAUCAUCUUCCAUGAGGCAACAUGUUACAAGGCCCGAGCCAGCUUCACUUGUUUAUGCAGUACGUCCCCAAUCUAAGUACAACCCAGAGAUAGCCAGAACUUCUUCUAGACAACAACGAGUACAAGGAGACUCUCGCCAAAGGAUAGAGCAUAGGUUGAAGCAGUUGAAAGCAUCCAGAAAGAAGCCGCUGCAAGCUGCAAAGCUUAGUGCUGAGGGUCGUCGUACGCUCCUAAGUGUGUGA